AUGAGUCGUCAAAUUGAACAGGCAUUGCUUUCUUUAAUGCCAACAUAUGGCUCUGAUUUACCGUCAUCUCUUGUAGAACUUGCAGGUUCUUUGCUCGCUCAGUCUCGGCAUCGAGCAAGUACUCUCAAGACAGAGGAAGAGAUCGCCAGGACAUAUGCUUGCGCAAACAUUGCAUGCGAUCGUCUAAAGAUUACCCUUGACCUUCCACCCAUCGAGCCCCGACCGCCGAUUCCACCCCGUAUUUACAACCGUCUCUACACUCAUCUUGAUAACAUUCUGCCAAAUGGUGCCUCAACCCCUGGUAGAACUACCACAGGAAGAAGGACACCAGGCUCAAGGUUCCGCGACGCUAUUAACUCACCUGCCGAUGGAUCACGGCCACUGCCUUCAAGAGGAACACCCACAAAGGAACAAAGUCUUGCACCAUUUAGAACGCCUUCAAAAGGGGCAAGCGGAACACCGACCAAAUCCACAGCUAAGAAACAAGCCUUCAGAGGCGACAAUCUUCACCCAUGGAUUCAACCCGUGACGAGAUGGUUGUGCGAAGAAACAGACCACAAGAAACUCGCUCCUACGAUUCUUGCUGGCAUGGAGAGUAUAGUCACGCCGGGAGACCGUAGAACAGAAGACGAAUGGGUGUUACAAAACAUAACAGCUUUGUACGCCGCAAUCUACUUCUACGUCACUAUGCGUGUCAAAGCUGUUGUGUCGGGAGAAGGCAUUGAUCGGGAGGGAUAUGUUCCUCUCCGUAAAGAGAUCCUUGCUUUGCUUUCCAGAGCAAGACAGGAAGUCACCGUUCGGAACUUGUCAGAGGGGGAUGCUUGGGAAGGUUGGGCAAAUAUCAAGUCAAAGGACUUUGAUGACGCAGUUGCCAAAGUCACUCAACAGCAAUGGCUCACAAGUGAUUGGUACCAAGGGAUCGCUGAUGUUGUCAGACUUACUCAAAAGGGCCACCUUGAGGACGUUGCGAUGCACGACGAAGAGACGAUGCCAAAAGUGCAAGUCAAAAAGGCAGACACCAUGUUUCAGGACAAGUACGAUUUUCUCAGCGAUUCCAAACGAGCAGAGUACAUGCACUGGGAGAAGGAUAUAUACGCCAAAAUUGCUCUAUCGACGACGGGCGCUGCUAUGGAGGUAGAUACACAAUGA